ACCGGACGAACACGGAGAGAGAACAGGAGAUGCUGAUGCUAAAAGCGGAGGACACGCGCCCGCUCACUCGCGCUGAUCUCGCGCACGUUCCUUUAUGACGUCACGAGCCUGCGUUGCUUCACGCGCUCGGUUCUUCAGCUAUCCGUUUAUUUAUUUAUUUCAUUUCUAUCGGGCUCCUGCGGGAGGCGGGUGUCGUGAAGACCCCUUCAGAUGCUCGAUAUGAGCCGGAUUGAGGAUAGAAACCCAAGAGACCCGCCGAGGCUCCACUGACCCGCACAAAAACAGCAUCUCGAGCCGACAAAACAUGGAUGAUUCGGGGAUAAUCAGACGCAGGCGGCUGCAGGAUCUUCCACUGCCUCGUAAAAACAGCAGUUGCCGCAGCAACCGGAAGAGUCUGAUUCUGACCUCCACCUCCCCGACUUUGCCCCGCCCACACUCGCCAUUACCAGGACACAUAGGAAGUAGUCCUCUGGACAGCCCUCGUAACUUCUCUCCCAGUACUCCUGCACAUUUCUCCUUCGCUUCCUCUAGACGAGAUGGGCGUCGCUGGUCCCUGGCGUCUCUUCCAUCUUCUGGAUAUGGAACCAACACACCCAGUUCAACGUCUUCCAGCUCGUCUCAGGAGCGUCUGCAUCAGCUGCCGUCUCAGCCCACCAUGGACGAGCUGCACUUUCUGUCCAAACACUUCGGCAGCACAGAGAGCAUCACCGAUGAUGAUGGAGGACGCUGCUCACCUCACAUAAGACCACGCUCACGCAGCCUGAGUCCGGGCCGCUCUCACUCCUGCUACGACAAUGAGAUCAUCAUGAUGAAUCAUGUUUACAGGGAACGCUUCCCUAAGGCCACGGCGCAGAUGGAGGGCAGGUUGUGUGAUUUUGUCCACUCGUACUGUCCUGAGAACGUCCUGCCUCUGGCUGACGGGGUCCUCAGCUUCAUCCAUCACCAGAUCAUCGAGCUGUCCAGAGACUGCCUGACCAAAUCUAGAGAGGGCCUCAUCACAUCCGUCUACUUCUUUGAGCUGCAGGAGAAUCUGGAGAAACUUCUGGAUGAUGCGUAUAAGCGGUCAGAGAGUUCAGAGUUGACCUUUGUCACAGAGUUGGUAAAGAAGAUCUUCUUCAUCAUCGCUCGACCUGCUCGACUUCUGGAGUGUUUGGAGUUUAACCCUGAAGAGUUCUACCAUCUGCUGGAAGCGGCUGAAGAUCACGCUAAAGAAGGUCACCUGAUGAAGACGGACAUCCCGCGCUACAUCAUCAGUCAGCUGGGUCUGACACGAGACCCUCUGGAGGAGAUGGUCAGUCGGGAGCAUUAUGACAGCGAGGGUCCCGUCACACCAGAGACAGACGACUCUGCAGAGGGAAAAAUGAAACCCAUGAAGCCACCAGGAGAGGCAGAUUUCCAAACCAUCAAACUCAUCAGCAAUGGAGCCUACGGCGAGGUGUAUCUGGUCCGUCAUCUGGAGACCCGGCAGCGCUUCGCGAUGAAGAAAAUCAACAAGCAGAACCUGAUUCUGAGGAACCAGAUCCAGCAGGCGUUUGUGGAGCGAGACAUCCUGACCUUUGCUGAGAACCCGUUCGUGGUCAGCAUGUUCUGCUCCUUUGAGACCAGAAGACACCUGUGUAUGGUCAUGGAGUAUGUGGAGGGAGGUGAUUGUGCCACACUGCUCAAAAACAUCGGAGCGCUGCCUGUGGAAAUGGCCCGUAUGUACUUUGCAGAAACCGUCCUGGCUCUGGAGUACAUCCACAACUAUGGCAUCGUGCAUCGAGAUCUCAAACCUGACAAUCUGCUCAUCACGUCAAUGGGUCACAUUAAACUCACCGAUUUCGGUUUGUCCAAAAUGGGCCUCAUGAGUCUCACCACAAAUUUGUAUGAAGGACACAUCGAGAAGGACACCAGGGAGUUCCUGGAUAAACAGGUUUGUGGCACACCGGAGUACAUCGCCCCUGAGGUGAUCCUGCGGCAGGGCUAUGGGAAGCCGGUGGACUGGUGGGCGAUGGGCAUCAUCCUCUAUGAGUUCCUGGUGGGCUGCGUGCCGUUCUUCGGCGACACUCCAGAGGAGCUGUUCGGUCAGGUGAUCUCAGAUGAUAUUGUGUGGCCCGAGGAUGAUGACGCACUUCCUCCGGACGCACAGCACCUGAUCUCAUCUUUACUUCAGACCAGCCCACUGCUCAGACUGGGCACAGGCGGAGCAUUUGAGGUGAAGCAGCAUCCGUUCUUCGGCGAUCUGGACUGGGGCAGUUUACUCCGCCAGAAAGCUGAGUUCAUCCCAAACCUGGAGUCUGAAGAAGACACCAGCUACUUUGACACACGAUCAGAGCGAUAUCAUCACGUUCACUCGUACGAUGAGGACGACACUAAUGAUGACGAGCCUGUGGAGAUUCACCGCUUCUCCUCCUGCUCGCCACGAUUCAGCAAGGUGUACAGCAGCAUGGAGCAUCUGUCCCAGCUGGAGCACAAACCUGUGGUGACCCGCCGAGAGCCCAAACCUCACAGAGAAGACCGGGCCAAGAGAGAGAGCAUGGGCAGCCUGACCCUCCGAGACAAGACCUGGAGAACCGGAUCCCCAGAGAUGAAGCGUCUGUCGUGUUCGGAGUCGUCCUUCACCGAAUCAGACUCCAGUCCUCCCGGAGCUCGCCGCCGUUUCUCAGCGCUGAUGGACACACACCGCUUCGCUUCUCCACUGGAGGGAGACAGUGACACACACACACGCCAGCCGCCCGUCAAAACCAGAGGGACGUCACUAGAGGGCGCCAGUGUUCCCGUCAGUUCCGGACUGUUUGAGUCCAGCUCUGCCGUGUCAGUGGGACAUCCUGGAGACAAGCUUCUGCGUCCCGCUGAAGGUCCAUCAGCUCCUCUGCACAUGCCGGAGCCCUUCAGUGCACGAGUAGGAAGUGACCUCGUCUUACGAAGAGCACGACAUCAUCAGAUACCGAGCGACAGUGAGAAACGAACCGCCACUCGCUCCGGCACAAAAGUCAUCAAGUCGGCCUCCGCCACGGCGCUGUCUGUCAUUAUACCUGCAGUUGAGCAGCAUGGUACGUCUCCGCUGGCCAGUCCCAUGUCUCCUCGAUCCGUCUCAUCCAAUCCCUCGUCUCGUGACUCAUCUCCGAGUCGUGAUUAUUCGCCUACGGUCAAUGUCCUGCGCUCACCGAUCACCAUCCAUCGCUCUGGGAAGAAGUACGGCUUCACUCUGCGAGCCAUCAGAGUCUACAUGGGCGACAGUCACGUGUAUAGCGUACAUCACAUGGUCUGGCAUGUAGAAUGUGGUGGGCCGGCCCAGGAGGCGGGGCUUUGUGCUGGUGACCUCAUCACACAUGUGAAUGGAGAGCCUGUGCACGGAUUGGUGCACACAGAGGUGGUGGAGCUCAUUCUGAAGAGUGGCAGCAAAGUAACAGUGACGACUACUCCGUUCGAAAACACCUCCAUAAAGAUUGGUCCCGCCAGGAAGCUGAGCUACAAAGCCAAGAUGGCCAGACGCAACAAGAAAUCAGCAGCAAAAGAUGGACAAGAGAGUAAGAAACGCAGCUCUCUCUUUCGUAAGAUCACUAAGCAGUCAAACCUUCUUCACACCAGUCGUAGUCUGUCUUCUCUGAAUCGCUCGCUGUCGUCUGGAGACAGUCUGCCUGGAUCUCCCACACAUAACCUGUCUGCCCGCUCUCCGACACAGACGUACCGCUCUCCGCCAGACUCCACCUACCUCGGCACGUCAUCCCAGAGCAGCUCUCCCGCAUCCAGCACACCAAACUCGCCUGCUACAUCUCAGCACAUGCGUCCAAGCUCUCUUUAUGGCCUCUCACCCAAACUCCACCGCCAGUAUCGUUCUGCACGCUGCAAAUCUGCCGGGAAUAUUCCUCUGUCCCCAUUGGCUCACACACCAUCCCCGACUUCGUCCUCUCCACCACCCAUAGCGGGACACAUCGUUGGCAGCUCCAACACCACCCAGGCCUUCCCUGCAAAGCUUCACGCCUCCCCUCCAAUAACACGUCCACGACCUAAAAGUGCAGAACCACCCCGUUCCCCUCUUCUCCAAAGGGUGCAGUCCGCCGAGAAGCUCGGUCCACCUUCUCCGCCAUCCUCGUCAUCUUCUGAUAGGAAGGGAGGGCUUGGCAUUAGAAAGCAUGGUUUGGAUGUUGUGCAUGCCGAAUACCGCCGGGAGUCCUUCCACUGCGAGCAUGCCCUCCAGAGCUUGAUGGAGAUAGAAGGAGAAAACACGCCCAGUGCUCUACCCUCUCCACCUGAUCAAACGCCAACGCACAUGCCCAUCAAGCACACGUUGAGUCCAGCAAGGCAACUCGGGAGGCAAGACUCAAUCAUGGAUAGAGAGUUUGAAGGGAAAUCGAAGCAGGCUGACUCAAGCGAAGCAAUUUUGAAGACUGCAUCAAAAACUGAACCAGUAGCAAUCAUUGUAGAUCUUAAAUCAACCCCGUUGGGUGAAACAACCCAGAGGGAUAAAGUAGCCUCUAAGUUUGAGUCUUCCCAAGUUUCAGUUGCCUCAAUGGGGAAGGUUGUAGCCAAGGAUGUGGGAAAGAUUGAAUCUUCUAGUACUUUGGUAACUGGCCCCAAGAUCCCAGAUUGGACGCCAAUUGUCCAGAGCUCUGGAGUACAGGAACUCAAACCUCAUCAAACCGAGAGUCCUAAAGGGCUGGAGAAUGGCAAAGACAUUGGAAAGAUCCCAGUGAAAGAGAAAACCCAAUUGACAAAGACUCCAGAGGCAAGCAAGUCAAGUAAAGGACCUUUAAAUGUUGAGGGGACUGGAUCUGGUUCUAUUGGUACACCUAAAGUCUCAGAAGCAGUUCCAAGCCAGUCUAAGAGCAUUCAGGAACGGGCUCAAACUCCAUCAGGGUCAACUCGAGGCCCUCAGGAGGAAAGAUGUCGCCUCGAAGCAGUCGAAGUCUCUCCUCCCUCUCCAUCUCCAAUUGCUAGGUCACCUUGCACAAGCAAGUCAAGGGCCAUUUCUCCUGGUGACCGGUCCAGUUUUGUGACCCAGCUGACCAGUGUGGCUAAAACUGUGCUUGGGCCAAUGAAAUUGGGCUCCCAGGAUGGGGGGAAGGCCAAAGACAGCUCCAAGACAAAUGAGGACAAACGAGCCGCCACAUUGGGAAAGUCCGAGGCCUCAUCUGGGGGUCGCCGAGGAUUGACGGGAACUUGGCCUGGCCCUGGAUCAUCAUCAAAGCCUGAAAAGGCAUCAAAGAGCUCUUCCAAGCAUUCAUAAUAUUCUCACUGAAAUAUACUAUUGGGAACUUUGAAUGGCAUGCAUUGCCAGUAGUUGUCCAAAUGCAGACCAAGUUCAAAAGACUCUACAGCCAUCAAACCAAGAUAUCUACGAGAAAAAAAAAUCGUAAACAAGAAAAGGUGCUUCAAAAUGAUCGUUGUCAAACAUGUUUGUUUGUGCAUAUGCCAUAAAUAUAUAUGCACCAUCAUAUGUGGAUGUAGACACAAAAAAACAGUAUAGCUCCGUCCGAAAUCGCAUACUUCCCUACUAUAUAAUAUGUCAAAAAUAGUGCCCAAGCCGAGUAGCAUGUCUGAAUUUAUAGUAUUGGAAAAACAAUACGUGAGAUGUACCUGGAUGACCUAGUACUUUUGGUGAGAUUAUGAAGUGUGCUUCCAAUGGACACUUAACUUUCCCUUGAGGCUAUGCGAGAGAAUUUAUGAAUGGGAGGGAAGCGACGCAACUGACAUUAAUAGGUCAUGUGAUAAUGAUACGAUGCAGUACGUCUGAAUUCCAUUCAUACUACUCACAUUCAUACUGUAUUGAACACACUUUUCUUAGAGUUGUGAAGCUCAAAUUCAAAUGUAUCACCUACACUAGUACUAUGCGAUUUCGGAUGCAGCUCAUGUCUUUAGAUGCAUGUUAUAUGUAUAUUGUGAAUAGAAGAGUCAAAAAAUAAGAUAUGAAAAAUGAAGACCUAAUGCUAGUGAACACUGCACAUCCAAUCAUUCCUGCCCGCUCUAUAGAGGGCAUGACCUGUCAGCCAUCACCAUAUCAAUCAAUCGAUUUGUCAGAUUUAGAUGUGAGAAGUAGUUAAACUGUUUACCUAGUGACCGACACGAUAGAUCCAAACAGUCUCAUUCCAGUACCUCAGCUAUACUGUUAAACUGCCAACAGUAGCACGAUACUAGAAACGAUGGAAUGUUUGGGAGUGUUUAACUAGCGGAAAUGGGAAAUAAUUGUUGCACAAGGAUAAAACCAUGUGUAUAUAUGCUCGUUUAUCCUGUCUUAAUUACAUUUGCACUGGAAACGCCCAGCAAAAGUCAACAUGAAGUGUACAUUUUUUACUUUUUUUAAUGUGCGCACUUCCACAAUUCAUCAGUGCAAAGCUUUUACAGAUAGCACCACCUUGGCCAUGCAAAUUGUUUACCCAAAAGACCUCAAUCAGGGUAGCUAGCACCAUUAGUCCUAAAGGGCUGGAGAAUGGCAAAGACAUUGGAAAGACCCCAGUGAAAGAGAAAAUCCAAUUGACAAAGACUCCAGAGGCAAGCAAGUCAAGUAAAGGACCUUUAAAUGUUGAAGGGACUAGAUCUGGUUCUAUUGGUACACCUAAAAUCUCUGAAGCUGUUCCAAGCCAGUCCAAAAGCAUUCAAGAAUGGGCUCAAACUCCAUCAGGGUCAACGAGGCCCUAAAGAGGAAAGUUGUCGCCUCGAAGCAGUCGAAGGCUUUCCAGCCUCUCCAUCUUCAACUGCUAGUUCACCUUGUACAAGCAAAUCAUGCGCCAUUUCUCCUGGCGACAGGUCCAGCUUUGUGACCCAGCUGACCAGUGUGGUUAAAACUGUGCUUGGGCCAAUGAAAUUGGGCUCCCAGGAUGGGGGGAAGGCCAAGGACAGCUCUAAGACAAAUGAGGACAAACGAGCCACCACAUUGGGAAAGUCUGAGGCCUCAAUUGGGGGUCGCCGAGGAUUGAACUUGGCCUGGCCCUGGAUCAUCAUCAAAGCCUAAGAAAGGCAUCAAAGAACUUUCCAAGCAUUCAUAAUAUUCUCAAUCCACACAAUUCAUCAGUGCAAAGCUUUUUCAGAUAGCACCACUUUGGCCGUGCAAAUUAUUUAACUUAAAGACCUCAAUCAGGGUAGCUAGCACCAUUAGUCCUAAAGGAAUGGAGAAUAGCAAAGACAUUGGAAAGAGCCCAGUGAAAGAGAAAACCUAAUUGACAAAGACUCCAGAGGCAAGCAAGUCAAGUAAAGGACCUUUAAAUGUUGAGGGGACUUGAUCUGGUAUUAAUGUUACACCUAAAAUCUCAGAAGCAGUUCCAAGGCAAUCUAAAAGCAUUUAAGACUGGGCUCAAACUCCAUCAGGGUCUACUCCAGGCCCUCAAGAGGAAAGAUGUCGCCUCAGUCAAAGACUCUCCAGCCUCUCCAUCUCCAACUGCUAGGUCACCUUGCACAAGCAAAUCAUGCGCCAUUUCUCCUGGUGACCGGAGCAGCUUUGUGACCCAGCUGACCAGUGUGGCUAAAACUGUGCUUGGGCCAAUGAAAUUGGGCUUCCAUGAUGGCGGGAAGGCCAAGGACAGCUCCAAGACAAAUGAGGACAAACAAGCUGCCACAUUGGGAAAGUCUGAGGGUUCAUCUGGUGGUCACCAAGUAUUGACGGGAACUUGGCCUGGCCCUGGAUCAUCAUCAAAGCCUGAAAAGAGCUCUUCCAAGCAUUCAUAAUAUUCUCACUCCACACAAUUCAUCAAUGCAAAGCUUUUUCAGAUAGCACCACCUUGGCUGUGCAAUUUAACCAAAAGACCUCAAUCAGGGUAGCUAGCACCAUUAGUCCUAAAGGGCUGGAGAAUGGCAAAGACAUUGGAGAGACCACAGUGAAAGAGAAAACCCAAUUGACAGACUCCAAAGCAUUCAAGAACGGGCUUAAACUCCAUCAGGGUCAACUCGAGGCCCUCAAAAGGAAAGAUGUCGCCUCGAAGCAGUCGGAAGACUCUCCAUCUCCAACUGCUAGGUCACCCUGCACAAGUCAGCAGUGCAAAGCUUUUUCAGAUAGCACCACCUUGGCCGUGCAAAUUAUUUAACCAAAAGACCUUAACCAAGGUAGCUAGCACCAUAUUUAAUUUUAAACUGAAAUUAAAACAAGGUUGUGAGAGGAUUGCACUCUGCAAAGUAGCAAGAUUUCCAAACAGAAGCGUGAGCAUUAUGGAAGUAAAACAUGUCACAGACUUGUUGACUUUUAAAUAUCUGGGAAGAAGUACGGAGAGUUAAUAUAGUUUAAAAACUUGAGAGUGAAGGACAAACCUCAAGAAUUGUCAUUGUUAUGAAAUUAUAUUGAGAAUAUCAGAUGAACUCUACGAAGAAAAUAUGUCACUAUGAUGAUGUCAUCCUGGUAGAUUAUAUUAUAGGCCAGUAAAUGCACUGUGGGUUAUACACUUGAAUUCUUACUAAUCUGACGAAGCCUGAAUUAUUCUUUAGUAUAUGCAGAAGAGUUUGUGAAGUGCGAGGUGGUUCGUGUGUAGACGUGUUUCAUUUGAAUCCAUUCAGGGCUUUUAAUUCACUUUUUGCUACAUGGUGAUCUUUACGUCAAGCUUUUAUAGGAAUUUAUUACGCCGUAAGUUGACAUGUAAACGUCCGUGUGGUUUGCGAGAGAUGAAACGAUGUUAUUUGUGAAUCUGUUUACACUUUAAUUCACACAGUUACUCUCACGUUUGUGCGAACGUCCUUCGGGGACUCUGUGUGUAGUAAAUCUAGCGAUGUUUUAGGAGUGUUUUUGGUGCCACGUUAGCGCAAUGAUUAUCUUCCAAAUUAACUGAUCGUUUUGCCAAUGUAGGAGUUUAUACUUUACCCAAAUAUUUACCUUUAGAGGUGAAAACUGAACUGAUCGCAAAAAAGUACAGUGGUUUAAAAUGGUUCUAGAUGAUGCCAUCUAGAUUUAUCAUGGUACUUCUCUAAAUAUACAUGAAAGUGGUAGAUAUUUGUUACUAUCUUAUAUAUAUCACCAUCACUUUACUAUUACCACAGUACUUAGGGAAGUUUUUUAACAAUAUUUGGGUAGGGCGUAUAUUCCUUUGACAUAUUUUUUGAUCGAUUUGUGCUGUAAUGUGUGUAGGAUAGAUUGUGUCAGUUGUGCGUCAAUGUGUUUAGAUUCUGUAGGCAUAGCGUUUGCCUGAGACAGUUACUCGUGCAAUGAGUACAAGCAAUUGAAUGCACUUUAUUGAUUUUAUUGACCUCUGUUUGUGUUUAUAUAAUUUAUUUAUAACUUGAUUUGAAUGAUUUUUGUCGCCCUGUUUGAUUAUUACAAUGGGAGGUUGUAUGUGGCCCUUUGUAACUAAGCUGCUUUGCAUAAAUCUUCCUCAAACUGUAGGAUUUUUUGUACAUUGACUUCUUAUAUCAUUGUUUAGUUACAGUUUUUUUAUGAUUUCUCACCUCAGGCAAUGGUAUAAACUAAUGCAAUUUAAAAAUAAUAAUAAAGUGCAGUAAUAAUAAAGAAGCUGAUAACAUGU